AUGGCCAUCGUGGCCUGCAAUACCGAGGCCUGUCCUGCGAUCAUCCGCGAUUGUGAGUUCAGCAAGUGGAAUGACUGGCAGGAUUGCUCUUUGCCUUGCGGUGGUGGUCAGCAGCAUCGGUCCCGCGUCCUGCUGAUCGAGGCCUCUGAAGGCGGAAAGCCGUGUCAGGGUGACCUGGAGGAGUUCCAUGAGUGCAACACCCAGCCCUGCACGGCGGUGCCUCAGGUGGACUGUGCCUGGGGCGAGUGGGCGCGUUGGAGCGACUGCUCCGCGCUGUGCAACGGGCACCAGGAGCGCCAUCGCUCGAUCCUGGCCCUUGCGGAGCAUGGUGGAAAAGCCUGCGAGGGACCGGAGAGGGUCGUCAGAACAACGCAACCCGGCUCAUGGCCGGGCAAACCUUGGAUGAUGGCACGGAGGUAG